AUGUCAAACCAGGCGGUCGGCAACGUCUACCAGGCCAUCAUUGACGAGGUCAUCAACAGCUCGCGAGUUGAUUUCGAAGAGAGCGGUGUCGAAGAGUCAGUGUUGGAGGAACUGCGACAGGGAUGGCAGCGGAAACUGACCCAGUUGGAUGUGGCCAAGUUCCCUUGGGACCCCAAGCCUGACCCUCCCCCUCCAGCACAAUCUGCACCUCCCGCCGUGUCGGCGCCGCCUGCACAUGCUCAGCCUCAGUUCGCCCCACAGCACAACGUCCCACAAGGACUGUCCCUGCCAAAUGUUGGACAGCAAGCCCCUCACGGCCAGAAUGGCAUGAAGCUGGAUGGUGGCUACGUGAAGAAUGAGCCAGGCAUUAAGCAGGAGCCCGGAAUACCGAACGGCUCCAUGCCGCCCCCGUAUCAGGGUUACGAUAACAAGAAUGUCGCUGCUCAGCGAGCCGCUCAACAACUCCAGGCCCAGUAUGGACAACGGGCUGCGAGCUCUAUCAAUGCUCUUCAUCAGCAACAACAGCCUCAGCAUCAAGCUCAGGGUCAACAACAGCAACCCCAGCUUUCACAGCCACAACAAGGUCAACAGGCCAUGACCCAGCAGCAACAGCAAAUGUACCGUCAACAGAUGGCCGCUCAGCAGCAGCAGCAGCAGCAGCGGGCUGCUAAUGGACAGUCCCAUAUCAACAAUGGCCAGACGGAUGGAGCUGGUGACGAGGAUGAGUUUGAGGGCGUUCUCAUGGAGCGAAGCGCCUCUGGCGACCUCCAUGAACUGGGUCGGGUGGAGAUUGACCGGAUGCUGCACGAGCAGAUCGUUGCGAAGGCCAAGAGUAUGGAAGGUGGUGGGUUGAUGUUGCCUUUGAAGGAAGCGACUCGACAUGCCACAGCGGCCAGAUCGAGGUCCGAGUCUAAGGGCAAGCAAGCGGCUGCCUACGACGGAGGAGACGAGGAAGAGGACGAGGACGCCAUUAACUCGGACCUCGAUGAUCCUGAUGAGGACCGAGACGAGGAUGAGGUGGACGACGAAGGCCUCGGUCACAUCAUGCUCUGCAUGUAUGACAAGGUCCAGCGCGUCAAGAACAAGUGGAAGUGCACUCUCAAGGACGGCGUUUUGACCGUCAACGGCAAGGAAUACGUCUUCCACAAGGCCACGGGUGAGUACGAGUGGUAA